AUGUUGGAAGCCUUUCGCAACUCCCUACAUCAUCUCUCCGACUACCUCCACGCUUUUGCUGCCCAUCCCUCCUCUAUCUUCUCGACUCGAUCAGGAUCCAGUCCCGAAGCAUCGCCGAUCUCUCCUCUUCUACUCUACGGAGGAAUCCUCGCAGCCUCUCUCGCUGCCCUCAGCAUCGUACGCGCCGCACGGACCGACUACAGACGCAAAUUCUACGUGGAACAGGACACAAUGAUCAUCAAGUCGCCCCACCAGUUCAACGCUCCCACCAACUACACCCUUCCCGAGUUCCUUUUCAAGCCCAUUGACAUCGCAUCAUGCAAGGAACGAGUCAGCGCACCCCUCCUCUACCCGGCGGAUCCCGAGGUCACGGGGCGUCCUGAUGCCAAGCCCAUGUCGCUGGUCGACACGCGCGAAUAUGCCAUCAACCUCGCCUCUGCCCUCAUUUCGGGCUCUACCGAGUCCGGCCGCAAAUACAGCAGGGGCGAUGUCGUCGCUAUCAACGCCUCCAACCAGCACGAUUACCUCGCUUGCGCUCUCGGUAUUAUGAUGACCGGUGCCAGUGUCGCCCUCUUCAACCCCUCCUACAAACCUGUCGAGAUCGCUCACCAGAUCCGUAUGGUCAAGGCGACAGCCAUCAUCACCACCGAGGCUUCGUUCAAGGGCACACAGGAGGCGGCACAAGAGGCGGCUAAGAAAGGCGAAGACGGUCUUGAGCACCUCACCGAAGUGCCCGAGAUCCUCGUCUUUGAGGAGAGCCACGCCUCUUCCAUCGCCAAGAUCCUCAAGGUGGGCAAGGACGAGCUGCCGGAAACACGCACAUUGCUGGACAAUGUCAAGCUCGACCCCAAGACCACCACUGCCGUCUUCUGCUUCUCCUCGGGCACCACGGGUGGGCCCAAGGCGGUGCAGCUCUCGCACUAUGCCAUGGUGGCCAACGUCAUCCAGGCGUCGUACGCCAUGUUGGACCGCACCAACGACCCUUUGAUCGACGAAGACAACUGGUACGCUCACGGCCGCGAUGUGCUCGAUGGCUACUUCAUCACGCGCCUCACCGAGACCUGGAACACCGCCGCCGACUCGAUCAACACGGUCACCGAGCAGAUCUCGGGCAUGCAGCUCGCCCCGCGUCUGAGCCGCGGCGAGUUCCACAUUGACCUCCUGCCCCUCUUCCACUGCUACGGCAUGCUGAUGGGUUUCAUGGGCUUGCACACGUGCACGCCACGCCUGGUCCUCCCUCGCUUCGCGCUCGAUGUCUUCCUCUCCACGGUACAGCGUUACCGUGUCACAUUCAGCUUUGUCGUUCCUCCGAUCCUGCUGGCACUCGCCAAGCACCCCAUGGUGGAUCAAUACGAUCUGCGCUCGCUCCGUCUGCUCAGUUCCGGUGCCGCUGCGCUGCCGAACGAGCUCCGCGUCGCCGUCGAGAAGCGACUCGGCAUCAAGACCACCGACGGCUACGGCAUGUCGGAGAUGUCUCCCCUGGUGUGCAGCCAGAACAGCCGCGAUCUGGACCACUACCCGGGCACCGUGGGUCAGCUGGUCCCCGGCACCGAAGCCAAGGUGAUCGGUCACGACGGCCAAGAGGUUGGCUUUGGCGAGGAGGGCGAACUGUGCGUUCGCGGCCCGCAGAUGAUGCAGGGCUACCUCAACAACGACGAGGCCAACAAGAGCACCUUUAUCCCCUCGAUCGAUGCGCCCGAUCGCUUCCUGCGCACCGGCGAUAUUGUCAAGAUCAACAGCGAAGGGUACGUGACGAUCACGGACAGGUUGAAGGACGUGAUCAAGUACAACGGCUUCCAGGUCCCGCCGUCGGAGUUGGAAGCGUUGAUGUUCAAGGAGGAGCGGGUCGGCGACUGUGCGGUCCUCGGCGUGCCCGAUUCGGAAGGCACUGAGUUGCCAUGGGCCUUUGUGGUGCUCAACCCCAAGACCAAGUCCGAACUCGGCGAUGACGAGGACAAGAAGAAGCAGGUCGAGAAGGAGCUCCUGUCGUUCGUCAACGAACGCGUCAAUGCCGGGUACAAGAAGCUUCGUGGACUGACGUGGUUGGAUGCUCUGCCCAAGAGUGCGUCUGGUAAGAUCCUCAAGAAGGACAUCCGCGCUAUGGUCGAGCAGGAAAAGCUCGGCGCGAGGUCCUAA